GCCGAUACUCUUACCAUUCUCCCCCCUCUCUCUCUCUCUUUUUCUGUGUGUGUGUUUUCACCACCACCGUGCCUCUUCACAAUCCCCCUCUCUCUCUUUUCUACCCCGGUCACCGGAACAGAUAACCAAACAUGCCAGCAGCCGGUUUCGGCCCUGGUCCUGGUACCGGAAAGGAAUAUCCCGGUGAGCUCACCCUCUAUGUCACCCUAACAUGCAUGGUUGCAGCCAUGGGUGGUCUCAUCUUCGGUUACGAUAUCGGAAUUUCGGGUGGAGUGACAUCUAUGGAUUCGUUCUUGCAGAAGUUCUUUCCAUCUGUGUACGAGAAACAAAAGGCAGAUAAUUCGACGAACCAGUACUGUAAAUUUGACAGUUUCACUCUCACUAUGUUCACUUCUUCUCUGUACUUGGCUGCUCUGUUAUCGUCGCUUGUUGCUUCGAUAGUGACGAGAAAAUUGGGAAGAAAAUUGUCGAUGUUGUUCGGAGGUGUACUGUUCUGCGCCGGAGCUCUCAUCAAUGGGUUCGCUCAAGCUGUCUGGAUGUUAAUCGUUGGUCGUAUUUUGCUUGGUUUUGGCAUCGGAUUCGCCAAUCAGUCUGUGCCACUAUACCUCUCCGAAAUGGCUCCAUACAAGUACCGUGGUGCACUCAACAUAGGGUUUCAAUUGUCGAUCACAAUCGGUAUAUUGAUAGCCAAUGUGUUGAACUACUUUUUCGCCAAGAUCAAAGGCGGUUGGGGAUGGCGGUUGAGCUUGGGGGGCGCAGUGGUCCCUGCCCUCAUUAUCACCAUCGGAUCAUUAAUCCUUCCUGAGACGCCCAACUCGAUGAUAGAGCGUGGCAAGACCGAUGAAGCCAAAUCUAAACUCCAAAAAAUUCGCGGUGUUGAUGAUGUUGAUGAGGAGUUCAAUGAUCUUGUCGCGGCUAGCGAGGCAUCUAAGAAGGUGGAACAUCCAUGGAGAAACCUUUUGCAAAGGAAAUAUCGGCCCCAGCUGACCAUGGCCAUCCUCAUUCCCUUUUUCCAACAACUCACUGGCAUUAAUGUCAUUAUGUUCUAUGCACCGGUCUUAUUCAAAACAAUUGGUUUUGGAAGCAAUGCCUCACUCAUGUCGGCUGUGAUCACUGGUGGUGUGAAUGUUCUCGCAACACUAGUUUCAAUUUAUGGUGUCGACAAGUGGGGAAGACGGUUUUUAUUCCUCGAGGGGGGUACUCAAAUGCUCCUUUGUCAGAUUGCAGUUGCGGCUUGCAUUGGUGCUAAGUUCGGAGUGCAGGGGAACGCGGGUGACUUGCCAAAGUGGUAUGCUAUUGUUGUGGUGCUUUUCAUAUGUAUCUAUGUUGCCGGUUUUGCGUGGUCAUGGGGACCUCUUGGUUGGUUAGUACCUAGUGAAAUUUUCCCACUCGAAAUCCGUUCAGCAGCGCAGAGUAUCAACGUGUCAGUCAACAUGAUUUUCACAUUUGCGGUCGCUCAAGCCUUCUUGGCAAUGCUCUGCCACUUGAAGUUUGGUUUGUUCAUCUUCUUCGCGUUCUUCGUGGUGGUGAUGACCAUUUUCGUGUUCUUCUUCUUGCCCGAGACAAAGAACAUACCAAUUGAAGAAAUGGUGAUUAUAUGGAAGGAACAUUGGUUCUGGUCGAGGUUCAUAACCGAAGUUGAUUACCCAGCUAAUGGAGCCAUUGAGAUGGGCAAGGAUGGCAAGGCUACGAAAAAUUGGUGACCCGUGAUGAAUUCAUAUUGCUGCAUAUUUAUACAAUCCGCGAGGGAUAUGGAUAGAGUUUGAUGAAUUCUCACAUCUCAGUUUUUCGACAUUUCUGAAAUAAUUGAUUGAUGAUAUCAUUAUAUUAUGUAAUAGCUAGUUGGAUUUCUUCUGCAUUUUUAUUUCUAUGGUAGUAGUAGUACAUAUUGUUGAUUUUCAGUGCUUAGAAUUAUAAGUUGGUUCAAAUUGUAUGUGUCUCUUAGUUUAGAAGCAUCUUUUGGGUUUGUUGAAAAUGAAAUUUCAAGCAUGGAUAUAAUGCAGAUUUGUAAAACAGAGUUUGUUAAAUUAUGUUUUGAUUAUGAAUAUCAUUGUUAGAAGUCUCUUUGCUA